CUGAAGAGUUUCUCUGUGUGAAGGAAUCAAUGUGGGAAGGCAAAUUCUUGCAGUGUACUGGAAACCUAUUGAAAGCAAUGCAACUUUUUACUCUCUCUGUCCCAUGGCUUGUUGAUUUGUGAAAUGACUACUAUAAAGAUUUUUUAUUGCCAGGACCAGGAGGAUUGCGCUGUGAGAUGAUCGCACCCAACGACCUCGUUGUUUUCCUCUCCUUGACUGUUUUAACUUGAAAAGAUCAUGACAGAAGUCUUUCUCUCAGCUCUUUUGAAUGUUACUCAAAGCACUUUGCUGGCAAAUGGCUCAUCUAUUGGGAAUGUCUCAAAAUGCUCUCUGACAAAGACAGGCUUCCAAUUUUAUUACCUUCCUGCUGUGUAUAUAGUAGUUUGUAUAACAGGAUUUAUUGGGAACAGUGUUGCAAUUUGGAUGUUCAUUUUUCACAUGAAGCCAUGGAGCAGCAUUUCAGUCUACAUGUUCAACUUGGCACUUGCAGAUUUUUUGUAUGUCCUUUCCCUACCAGCACUGAUUUUUUAUUACUUUAACAAAACAGACUGGAUUUUUGGAGAUGCCAUGUGCAAACUGCAAAGAUUUAUUUUUCAUGUCAAUCUCUAUGGAAGCAUCUUGUUCUUGACUUGCAUCAGUGUGCACAGAUACACUGGGGUUGUGCAUCCACUGAAGUCACUAGGGAGGCUGAAGAAAAAAAAUUCUAUCUACAUCAGUAUACUUGUCUGGUUUAUUGUUAUUGCUGGUAUCUCCCCAAUCCUGUUCUUUUCUGGCACUGGGAUCAGGAAAAAUAAAACCAUUACAUGCUUUGAUACAUCUUCUGAUGAUUACUUAAGAAGCUACUUUAUCUACAGUAUGUGCACCACUGUAUUUGGGUUCUGCAUUCCCUUUAUAUUAAUUUUGGGUUGUUAUGGAUUAAUCGUGAAAGCGUUGAUCUACAAAGAUAUGAACAAUGCGCCCCUCAGAAAAAAAUCUAUUUACCUGGUAAUUAUUGUAUUGACUGUUUUUGCUGUUUCCUACCUUCCUUUCCAUGUGAUGAAGAAUCUGAAUCUACGAGCUAGGCUGGAUUUUCAGUCUCCUGAAAUGUGCUUCUUUAAUGACCGGGUCUACGCCACUUACCAAGUGACUAGGGGUCUUGCCAGCCUCAAUAGCUGUGUAGAUCCUAUUCUCUAUUUCUUGGCAGGAGAUACCUUCCGGAGGAAACUUUCAAGAGCUACUAGGAAGGCAUCCAGAAGAAGUGAGGCUAAUGUGCAAUCAAAAAGUGAAGAGAUGACCCUCAACAUUCUAUCUGAGUACAAGCAGAAUGGAGAUACAAGCUUGUGAAGACAUGCAUUGACUACUCAGAACACCCCAAUUAUUAGCACUAUAUGGAAUGCAUCUUGUCCAAUUGCGGAUUUUUAUAUUAGAGAUCUAACGGGUAAAAGUAAAAUAAUAACACUAAAGCAAGCAGACAGUAACUACUUAACCCAGAGAAAACUAUGAUUUUUUUUUCCUGUAUUUUUAUUACAGACGUGCAUUUCCAAAACACUUCAUUAGUGCAAGAAAGGGGGUUCAUUUCAUAUAUGGUUUCUUUAUCUACACAAGCUAAAAAUGGUACGUUUUAUUUUUACAUAUUCUCAAAUUAUUCCAGAGUUUACUGUGAAUAAGGCUUAAAACUACUGCUACCAUGGUGAAGGAAUGUAUUACAAAAUGUUGUAAUGUUUAAAGAGAUUUAAAAGUAUUAUAAGACUAGGGAGUUAUGUUUCUUGUGAUGGCAUUUAUCGUCACAGGGGACAUUUCUGUAAAAUUUUGCCGAAAAGACGUUUGAUUUUGAAACCAAGUUUUACUGCUGCAGAGGUGUAUGUGAAACUGCACACCUGACUGUCAAUAUCCAAUUAAUAGUUCUGUAAUUUUGUCCUUAAGUGUGUCAGUAAAAUCUAGACAAAUGUGAUGAAAUACCUUAGCCAAAAUUUCAGUACAUUGGGAGGUGGGUUGGACAGCAAUGCAUUUUUACUUAUGAUGUCUUUUGUGAACAAAAGGAUAUUUUUACCCAUGUUAGAUUGGCGUAUAUUUGAAGCACUUGUAUAAUAAGAUAUCGGUAGACCACAAAAAGAAUAUUGCACAAAAUAAAAGAAAAAGCAUUUCAAGAAAAUAACAAUGCUAACGAAAAAAAAAAAUGAAUUAACAUUGUUGUCUAGAUACUAAUUUAUAAGGGCUGCCUGUAUUCUUAGGUAACGAUCAAUAUCUAUUUAAAUACAUAUUUGUUAUUAAAAAGUAUAAUUAGUGUAUUUCAAGGAAGACCAGUUGCAAAAUACUAUAUGCUAAUAACGUAUAGGUGUUUUCAAAUUCUAUCUUGGUUAAUAUGGAGAACAUGCCACAACACGAUUCAAGGAUAUAUCUACAUGUGACUGAUCCCUAGCAUCACUAGUAGAUGACAGACUCAAUAUGUAUUUACAAGUACACCUAUUGAAGCUGAGCUUUAAGAAUUUUACAGCUCAAGUUUCAAUAUUUUCAUAGAAUUAUGUGUGGCAUGAUGUAUCAUGUCAAAUGAAUAUGAAGGGAUAAAUAUGUGAUUUAUAUGUUAAAUGUACUGUGUGGAUUAUAGUAUGUGUUAAUGCUCAUGUGAAGAAUGUUUAUUUUUGUACUAUUAUCUGUAAUUUAAUAUAGUUCAGUAAAUCAGUUUUAUUUGUGAUUAACCGUGCCAUUUAAUUGAUUUGCCUAUGGAGACAGUGUUACUUGACAUUUAAGCUUCUCAGGUUUUGUAACUGAUUUCAGAUAGUAGAUGCAAUUAACUAAAUGUGUUUAACUUUCACAAUAAAAAUAAAAAUGGUUUUCCAUUUCUUUACACAGCUGUGAAGUGUGCAUGCAGGUGUAAGUGUACAGCAUGGUAAUAUACACAAGUUACAAUAUGAUGAGAAAGGAACAGAUACAACCACGUGUGAUUGGUGUUGUGCUUAGAAAUUUAAUACUGAAAGCGUCCUAAUAAAACUCUAAAAUAC